ACAUCUAUGAGUAUAAACAACAUUACUUAAUUAAAAAUAAUUAAACAAAAUCAUCUGAACUAGCGGUCCAAUAUGCCCAAAGAAAAGAAAAAGAAGCGCUCUCGAUCUCGAUCAGUAGAUCGAAAGCGAGAAAAAGAGGAAAAUAAAAAGUGGCAGGAUGGCAUACAACGGCAACUGGAUAACCUUCAAAAUAUUGUGGCGCAAAUAGCGCAACACAAACCCGCGGACAAUAAUUUGGAAGAAUUCCAGUCAUCCUCAUCUUCAGAGAGAAACGUCACGCCUGAAGUCGGCGAAGACGGAGAAUUAACGGAGAAAAAUGACGGUGUAGACACGGAAGACCCUGUCGCUCUCAAUCAGACUCCAAAAGAGACUGAAGUAGCCCAACAAGGGCCACUGCUGGACACAGAAAUCUUGGAGAUUCUAGGAACAGAUCCUAAUGAAAAAAUUGAAGAUUCUUUCAAAUUCCACCCAGAAAUAAAAGGCAGGUGGAAGACAUGGAUGAAGGAGGGUUUAUCUGACGAUGUUAGAAAGAGCUUACUUAAAAAAUACCCUAGGAAGGGAGAGUUUUACACUGAACCUCCAAAAAUAAAUUUGGAAAUAACUCCGGCGCUCUCUGAAAUCACCAAAAAGAGAGAUGAGCACUUUGUUGAAACGCAAGAGUGUGUAGGAUCGGCAAUUAUGUCAGUGGGUGCUGCCUUAUCACUCCUUCUAGACACUUCUGACAAAGAAGUGGACGAGUUAAAACUCAUGGAGUAUCUGAGUGAUGCCGGUAAACUACUAGCGGAAACCUUUCACCAACACUCAGUGGCCCGAAAAUCCUACAUUACGCCGGUAAUGAAGAAGGGAGUCAAGACUCUGGUCGACUCCAUACCUCCAGACCAAUGGCUAUAUGGAGAUAAAUUGGCGGAGCAACUCAAAGAAGCGAAAGCAAUUGAGAAUGCUUGCCAGAACUUGAAAGUUCCGGAAAAAGCUACGAAAAAACCGCUCCAGAGGUCACAAGCUUAUCAGGGAAACUUGAGGGGCCCGCCUGUCUAUCACAGGCAGACGGGCACAAACUACCAGAGAAAGUACUCACGCUUCAAAGCCAGAAGCUCCCCGAACGAGUCAAAUACCAAGCCGGGAGAAGACUCAGACCCAGACCAAGGACCCACGAAAGAAAUAAUCACGGUAAGGAAUCCACCAAUAGGUGGUAGGCUUCGCUCAUUCAAACUUGAAUGGGCGAAAAUAACAACAGAUAAGUUUAUUUUAUCUUGUCUGAACGGAUACUCAAUCUCGUUUAUAGAAACUCCGUACCAAAAAUACAUCCCUCAGCAACGAUCUUGGUCUAGUAACGAGGAAAGGUUGUUAGAGGCAGAGAUUAAUAAGCUUUUAAGCAAAAAAGCAAUAGAAAAAUGUGAAUUUUGGUAG